GAGAUGAGUUAGGAAAUGGCUUCCGGGAAACACCGGGUGCAGUAUCCGCAGUAUCCGAUUCACAGUAAACUCUCAAGUGACCAGCAGCUGGAUUGUGCCUUGGAUUUAAUGAGGCGUCUGCCUCCCCAGCAGAUCGAGAAGAACCUCAGUGACUUGAUUGAUCUGGUCCCCAGCCUCUGCGAAGAUCUUCUGUCUUCUGUCGACCAGCCGCUGAAGAUUGCGCGGGAUAAGGUGGUGGGAAAGGAUUAUCUAUUGUGCGACUACAACAGAGAUGGAGACUCCUAUAGGUCACCGUGGAGCAACAAGUACGAUCCGCCGUUGGAAGAUGGGGCCAUGCCGUCAGCUCGCCUUCGGAAACUGGAGGUGGAAGCCAACAAUGCCUUUGACCAGUACCGAGACCUGUAUUUUGAAGGUGGCGUCUCCUCGGUCUACCUCUGGGAUCUGGACCAUGGCUUUGCCGGAGUGAUCCUCAUCAAGAAAGCCGGAGAUGGAUCAAAGAAGAUUAAAGGCUGCUGGGAUUCCAUCCACGUGGUGGAAGUUCAGGAGAAGUCCAGCGGUCGCACUGCCCAUUACAAGCUGACCUCUACGGUGAUGCUGUGGCUGCAGACCAACAAGACCGGCUCCGGUACCAUGAACCUCGGAGGCAGCCUUACCAGACAGAUGGAGAAAGAUGAGGCGGUGAGCGACUCCUCCCCACACAUAGCCAACAUUGGCCGCUUGGUAGAGGAUAUGGAAAACAAAAUCAGAAGUACGCUGAACGAGAUCUACUUUGGCAAAACAAAGGACAUCGUCAAUGGGCUGAGGUCUGUGCAGACUUUCGCAGACAAAUCAAAACAAGAAGCUCUUAAAAACGACCUGGUGGAGGCUUUGAAGAGAAAGCAGCAAAGUUAAACUACUCUUCGUGCUAACAAGACAUGCCAUGCACUCUCAAAUUCCUUUCUUAGAAAAUUCAUUUUCUGCCCCCCUCCAACCCUCUUCCCCUCCCUAUCUUUUUUCUUUUUUUUUCCCCGUCACGUCCCAUAACGGUUUGCAUCAGAUACUCUCCACGCAGCGCCAUCUCUCCCCAUGAAUAAAGCUGUAUAAGCCUUCUCAGUCUCUGAGGCCUACUUUCCACCACAUUUUGCUUAUCGAGACCUUAAAUGUUUCCAUAGAGACCAUGUGCUUCUGUUGCCCGCUUCCAGCCCUUUCUCCCUCCUCCAUUUAUAGGCAUAAAACCCAAUCCACUCCAUCUUGUCCCCCCACCACCACCGCCGCCACCCUUCCCCUUCCUCCCACCUUUUUGUUACAUUGGUGUAAAAAAUGUAAAACAAAAAAAUUUUAUUAAAUACUGUGGUGUGUGAAAGAUAGAGGAAAAACUGGAAAUCCGAUUCCACGUUGUGUGUGGGAGUUGCUUGCGGGUGGGGGGGGGCGCGGGGGGACGGGGAGGAGAGGUGUUUCUUCUCUGCAGACUCAGCCCCGAUCCCAAGGAAACAAUGCUAUUUUUGGGGGAGGGAUCCGCUGACCGUUCUGCUCUUCCAGCCUUGGGUCCGGGCGCUUUUCUGUCGAUUUUUAUGGAAUGCGAAAGGGGUUUUUUUGUUUUAUUUUGGUUUUUUUUUUGUAAAGCUUAAACUGAAAGAAUAAAGACCUACAUCUUCUACUGGAGCCUCCAUACUAAAAAAAAAAAAAGUUAAGAAAACAAUAAAAAAAUAAAUAAAAACUGGGAAGCAGUAA